AUCCCUGACGAAGAGAGAAUAUAAAGGGAGAGUUUUAGAUGAAUUCAAGAGCGUUGGUUUUAUUGUAGAGAGAAGGAAGCGGUGCAGAAAACAGUGUUUGUUGAGUUGGUGUUGUAUCUGUAGCGGAGGCAACUGUUGCUGCAGAGAGAGAGAGGGUUUGAUUUUAGGAGCGGAGAAUCGACACACCGAAACAUGUCUGGUAUCGCCCGUGGACGUCUUGCUGAGGAGCGAAAAUCAUGGCGGAAGAACCAUCCACAUGGUUUCGUUGCCAAACCGGAGACCCUCCCUGAUGGCACUGUCAAUUUGAUGGUCUGGCAUUGCACUAUUCCUGGCAAGACUGGGACUGAUUGGGAGGGUGGAUAUUUCCCACUGACAAUGCAUUUCAGUGAAGAUUACCCUAGCAAGCCUCCAAAGUGUAAAUUCCCUCAAGGUUUCUUUCACCCUAAUGUGUAUCCAUCUGGAACUGUUUGCUUGUCUAUACUUAAUGAAGAUAGUGGGUGGAGACCAGCUAUAACAGUGAAGCAGAUUCUUGUGGGCAUCCAAGACCUGCUUGAUCAACCUAAUCCUGCCGACCCUGCCCAGACAGAGGGUUAUCAUCUAUUCAUCCAGGAUGCGACUGAAUAUAAGAGAAGAGUCCGGCAGCAGGCAAAGCAAUAUCCACCUCUUGUCUAGUUCUAUGUUUGUUCACUUUAGGAAACUAUUCUAGUAUGUUAGUUGUUGUGAGUUAUUUAUUGUUCCGUGUUGAAACUGUUAUGUGAUUGUUAGCUGCCAUAAUAUGCAGACUCCAUGGUUUUAAUUGUUUCUGGUUACUCUCAGGUCUGGAUAAGGUGUUAAUAUAUUACAAUGUGAAAGUCAACCAAUAAUACUUGUUGGCGACACUUUCUGUGCCUCAUGUUAGCUGGUACAUUUCGAUGUGAAUGGAUAAUUUACUGUGAUGAAUUAUAUGAUAUCAUGACUCCUA